AUUGGCCGAACUCGCCGCAGCUCCUUGGGGCAGCAUGUGGCCUCAGACUCCCCGCUGUCGGUGCGGCCAGCCGAGGUGGGCUGCGCGCCCCGUUGCGCCCGAAGCCCUCUCGGUCAUCCCCGUCAGGCAGGAUGGAGGUGGGCGGGGACAUGAGGGAACUGGCUCUGCUGCGCUCCGCCUUCGUCGCCUGCGACGCAAACAGCUCGGGGCGCCUGGAGCGCGAGGAGUUGAGCAGACUGUGCGCAGAGCUGCGCGUGCUGCGGGCGGACGCCGAGCCCGUGUUCCAGCGGCUCCACGCCGACCGCGACGGCGCCAUCAUCACCUUCCCGGAGUUCGCGCGCGGCUUCGGCGGGGCCCGCCGCGGGGGACGGCUCUGGGGCCAGGGGCCCCGGGAGCCAGAGUCCGCCGCGGCCCAGGCUGUGUCCGACACCCGGGACGGCGAGGAGGACGAGGGCGACCAGGACGCGGCGGCGGCGGCUCUGGCCGCCCCCUGGGACCUGGCGUGCCCCAGCUGAGCUUGACAGUACUUCCAGUCCAGGCGCGGCUUGGGUUCGAGGCCAAGUUCAUCCCCAGGUGACUUAAAAAAAAACAGAUUCCUUUUAUAAGGGAUGAAGAGAUGUAUGACUCAGAAGGCAUGGCUUCCUUCCUGGACUGGAAGCCCCAGGGGUCUGCUAGUGAAGGCAGCGUCGUUAGCACCUCAAGAAAGUCCAUGUCGGCAUUUUCACUAUAGACAUGGUGGAUGAUAAUCAUGAAUCUUCCGGCUCCCAGAAGGCUCACAAGAUUGUGCUUGCCCGGGACGCUGCAGUGGGGGGAAGUCCAGUUUCUUCAUGAGACUUUGCAAGAAAGAAUUUUAAGGAAAUCCAAGUGUCA